AACAUGAUGUGGCACAUCGUGAAGCGGCCACAAUAAUUUUAAGUUUUUUCGUAAAUUUGCCGAUUUUCUCGGCAUAAAAUAAUUAUGUAAUAUUAAAAUCGCAUAGUAAAUAUAUCGUCUGCCGUACCGUAAAAACGCAAAUAGUACAAAAUCGCGAAGAAACCCGUUGCCGAAACUCGAGUUUUUAAUAAACGACCAAAAACCGUAUCGUCUAAUCGGAUUUACUUAAAGGCUGUGUUACACAUCGUAAAAUAUAAACGAAAUGGAAUCCGUAGUACCAGAAUUUGAGGAAUUAAUGCUGUGCGGCUACUGCAAGCAAAAGUUCAACGAGACGGACCAGAGUCCCAAGCUGCUCUCGUGCAAGCACUACUUCUGCCUGCAAUGCAUGCGCACCAAUUUGAAUAAGGGCCAGGAGUUGUACUGCGUCUACUGCUGGAAACGGACCGAGAUAGGCGAUCUGGGGCCAGAGUCCUUGCCGACAUACGCGCCGGUGCUCUGCCUCACCAAGAACUUCUCCCAGCUGAAGCUUGGUGUCAAGGCACCCGACAAACCCGCCCAGAAGGUCAUAUCAGAGAACUGCCACACGCACGCCAUGCCGCUGGCGCUGUGGUGCCACACCUGCUGCUCGCCGGUGUGCCGGGCCUGCGCCACCACCACCGACCACUCCUCUCACCAGAUAAAGUCCCAGAAUGAGGCCAAGGACCAACUAAUUGCCGAAUUACAGAUCGACCUGGCCUCCAUGAACAAGAUGCUAUCUGAGAUCCAAAGACUGGCCAUGCAACAGCGCGAAUUCCUGCUUAAGAUACUGGAGGCCUGCGUCACGCUUAAGACGCACGUCGAGGCCGACCUGACGAAUAACGCCUCGCACUUCGAACUGACCGAGACCCGCGACACUCUAGCCAAGCUGCGACUGAACCUGUCCAUGGCGGAGAACUUAUCCGACGUCCAUAAUUUGUAUUCGAGCGUAAACGUAGAGAAGCAACGUCUCCAGCUACGUUACCAAGAGAUGUACCUGCAAUGCCAGCUGGACGACCUGAUCCGAAACUCUAGUGUCAUAUUCGAUUUCCAGUUGCUGAAGCAGGCGCUCAGUAACAUCCACAACGGCGAUCCCGUCUACCCCGGAAAUUCGCGGGUUUUGCCCCCGUCGCAGCAGAACCCGAUUCUAUUCCUUGCCAACUACUGCAUGUCGCAGCUGUACUCCCGGCACAUGUUGUCCAAGCAAAACGUGAACGGCAGCUUGGACUACCACAACCACAACUCCCUUCCUCCUAUAAAUUACUUGGCGCACAACCCCCCGCAGCACCUGGUGAUGCCCGCGCCCAAGAAUAUUUACCAGGAGAACAACCUGAUGAUGCAGAACAUCAUCCACUCCCCCCAGAUCCGGAACCCGGCCAACAUGUGCCCGCUGUACUACUUCAACAUCGAAGUGAACGGGGCCCACCUAGGACGCAUAGUGAUCGAGGUACGGGCCGACGUGGCCCCCAAAAUGGCGAAGAACUUCGGCUUACUAACCACAGGAGAGGCCGGCAUGGGCUACAAGGGCUGCCAGAUAUUCCAGUGCUGGGAGGGCGAGAGCGUGAUAACGGGCGACUUCGAACUGAACAACGGACGCGGGGGACGUUCCAUAUUCGAGGACUCCUUCUUCCUCCCCGAUGACACCAAGCUGAUGGCGGUCCGAGGCACCGUGGGCAUGCGCAGGACCCAGAAGCGACACGACAACCUCGGCAUGGUGGGAUCGCAGUUCCGCAUCAUCCUGCAGGAGAUGCGGGGUUUCACGGGCAUAUUCGGGCACGUGGUGGAGGGGCUGGAACUGGUGGAGAAGAUCAGCACGUACGGCGACACCGCUGGUAAGCCCACCAAGAAUAUCUUGAUAGUGAAAUGCGGGAAACUGUAAUCGGACGGUGAGGGGGGCGAGGUACGGUCGUUUUUCGCCUUUUUUACUCGACGUGUCCGAAUCGAGGAAUUUUUUCUUGCUAUUUACUUUAGUUUUAACGGCGGAAUUCGAUUUGGAAGUUUCCUGGGAUGUUCGGCAAUUCGAGCACGGCUUUCAUUUAUAUAACGUUGUUAAUUACGUCUGUUUUUUUUGUUUUGACCCCUUGUACACGCGUUAGAUUUAAAGACGACAAGGAGACGCAAUAAUUAUUUCAGUCUUAAAGCGAACUAAAAAAAUUGUUGGAUUUUCAAAAACUAAAAUUUUCGCCUCGAUCGUGUACGCGGCUUAUAUCCAUUCAAUUGGAAAUUCAUUUUCUUUCUCAUUUAAAUAUUAUUAGGUUGUGAUUUGAGGAUACAACAAUUUUUUUUUAAUGACGACAUCGUAGGAAUCGACACUUAUUUUUUCGAAAAGGGUAAAAUUGCUUUUAUCCGAGUUUUUGAGAAAAAAACUUGUUUCCUGAAAUGUUUUAUAUCAAUUUAGGAAAUUUCCAUAUCGGCAGCGCCAACAUUGCGUAGGUUAUUAAUUUUGUGAACUUCAGCGUUAGGUUAGGGCGAAUAAUACGGAAAGCGAAUUAAUAGUUUUCGAGACGAGUAGAGCGGCAGAUACUUCAGAGACGGUGCGAGUCCGACGUGGUUUUCUGGGGGGGAGGGCCGGUCCGAAAGGAGAAGAGAAGCGAGAGAUCUUGUCUAAUCGAUGUUAAAAAUCAAACAACUAGAAAACAAAUAUAACUGUACAAAAAAUAUAUAUCUAGAUGUUUUAUAUGUGUAGCUUGGGUAAAACUGCGUAGUCUGUACAUGAAUUUAAAAAAAAAAAAUGAAAACACGUAAGAAAAACCGUCUUAGCUUAAAAUGAAACUAUCGAAUUCCGAAAUAACUAUAUUUUCAUAUCGUAUGAUAAAUAUCGUAAAAAAGCAAAAGGAUAGAUAUUUUUUAUUGUUGUCGAUUUUUAGCUUAUGGUGGAACAUUGUAUAGCUUAUAAGUGUCAUUUGUUAUGUUUGUUUGAAGGGGCGAGAACGUGGUGUUAAAGGUAAUCAGAGUUUAAAAAUCGGAGUUUUCGAAGCGGUAGGGAACACACGAUUUUUCCAACAAACAAAAAAGUCGAGUUACGAAUGUGUUUUUUUUUCCACAAUUGUUUCGUUUCAGCGGUAACGUCUCUUUAUUCCAAUACGUUGGUCUUUAUACUUUUUUAUUGAUGAUGCUUCCCCUUAUUUAUAUAUUGUUUUUAAAUCAUAAUGUACCUUAUAGCGUUAGUUGUACAGUGCAAUGCUGGAGAGUUGCACUUAUUUAUAAUAUAUUACGUAGGAAAUGUAACGCAUUUUCUCUUUAUGUUAGCCUAGGAUUCUACGCAGUACGUUAAAACAUGAUAAUCACGUUUAACAACCGAUCGGUUUCCAUCGUAUUAUUUGACGCGUUUAAACACCUCAUUAGAACCUAGGGAUAUUUUAUUCGGGACGAUUGUUUUGGCGUACAAGUAGAAGAGAAAUUAACCAAAGUCUUAUUACUUUAGGGUUUAUUCUUUGUCGUAACUUCUGUAAUGGAAUGUGUAACAUGAAAGUGUGUAGUUUGUAAGCACGGUAAAACGGUACAUUGUUAAACCUAUAUUAAAGUUUAUAUUAUUAGCUAAGACAAUUAAUAGUCUCAAUCGGGUACAUGAUUAUCGGAAUGAUAAAAAUUUGCUAAAAAAAAAGAGCUGAAAUAUAGCACUUGUGAAUGUUAUAUUAGUGAAACUACAAUAAAAAACUUUAUUUUUA